GCUUGGGGUGCUUGCCGCGAGGACGUCGUUUCGUCCUGGGCUUCGAUCUAACUCGUGACAUAUUUACGAUAUUCAUUGAAAAUUCAAACAAAAUUUAAAUAUUACGUUCAAUAAAUAAUUAAUCAACGCUAAAAGGAUAUCGACGGGGAAAUGCACGAGGAAUGUUUCGGCGAGGGCCCAUUCACAUUCAGGCUGAACGAUGCCGGUAGCGGACCACAACUGCUUACACAGGUUUGUUUAGAACGUGGUUGGAAAGAAUAUAAUUUAGAUUCCGGUGACCAAUGGAAUUUAUGGUGGAAAGCCUCAGGAUUUCCUGCUAAUUACCAUCGUAAUUUAUACUCCUGGCAGUACAUUAAUCACAUCCCUAAAGGCUCGUCAAUAUGUCGUAAAGAUAACCUGGUACGCCAUCUACGUUGUAUGAAAAAAAUCUACGGAAACAUCUACGACUUUAGUCCGCAUGGAUAUAAUCUCCCAGUAGAAUAUACAAAACUCGCCGCCGAAUGCAACAAGCCACGCACGAUGAACGCCAAGGAUCAGUCCGAGGGCUAUUUCGACGCGAAUCCCAUAUGGAUAUGCAAACCUGUAGCUCAGAGUCAAGGCCGUGGCAUUUUCCUAUUUCGAAAUCUCAGCGAACUGAACUACGACACGAACACGAUCGUCCAGAAGUACAUCGAGCGCCCGCUAUUGAUCGGCGGCUACAAGUUCGAUCUGCGACUGUAUGUCUGCAUACCAUCGUAUCAUCCGCUGACGAUCUAUAUGUACAGAGAGGGAUUAGCACGUUUCGGCACGGAUAAAUUCACAUUGAAUGAUUUACGAAAUCCGUUUCGACAUUUGACGAAUAGUAGUAUUAAUAAAUUGGGUCCUGGGUAUGCUGAGAUGAAGGAUAGAGUUGGUUCGGGGUGUAAAUGGACCUUGAAACAAUUACGGAGAUAUUUUAGACAAGCGGGAAUCUCUGAUUGGUUGUUAUGGCAGAAAAUCAGUGUUUUGGUUGUGUUGACUGUCUUAAGUCAAGUGCCACAAGUGCCUCCAACGUCGAAUUGUUUUGAGUUUUUUGGUUUUGAUGUUUUAAUUGACCAUUUAUUGAAACCCUGGUUAUUAGAGGUUAACUUAAGUCCAGCUUUGGGUAAUGAUUGUGAUGCUGAUCAGUCGGUAAAAAAGCCAAUGCUUCAUGAUCUCUUUGAUUUGUUGGGCCUGCCACUUUAUAACACAGGAUUAUCAGUAUUUAGCAUCUGGAAUGAAGAUUUUAAAGAGAAUAAUCGUGAAUUGUGUGCGAAUAAAAACGCUACGCUGUCAGUUAUGAACGCUGCGGGUAGGUGGCGUAAGAAACAACGACAGAAGAGUGCCAGACCGAAAUCUAGUUCAAGAUAUAAGCCAAAAUCACCAUCGAAGCCAAAAAUUAGGAAGCAAAAAUCUGAAAAUAAAGACUCCAGUCACUGGGGAAAUGGUAAAGAUUGGACAAUUGGUCCAAAACGAGAAGGAGGAUGGAUAAAACUAUGUCCAUUUAACGAACGCACACAAUUUUACAGUUAUCUGGAGAAAGGCAGCGCCAAACAAAUAGUGUGUCAGCUAACAAAAUGGAUGCGCAGUGCAAAAGAAAUCGCCAAAACCCAUCCACACGCUUCAGAAUGUCAAUUAAACGAGUUUCUCGCCAAAGAUGUUGAGUUAAUGGGCGAAGUAUGGAUACCACCAAUUUAAAAUUUACGAAAAUGAUUAAAUUAAUUGCCAAAAACGUGCACAAACAUCGAAAAUCACAAAAUCUGCCAUUUUAAUUAUUAAAUGAUUAAAUAUUAUCAGUUAUAGUAUGCAAAUUAUUUCAUAGCUAAUACUCACCAGAUGGCGCUGUGAUGCUGUCACUUUUAUAGCUUUAAAAUCUGUGAUUCAUUAAUUACAAGAAAAAAACGAAAUUUGUCUGUCUCUAAAGCAAUUUAUAUAUAAUUACAAUAAAUUUAAAUAACCUACGAUUAGAUUAUACAAUAAGCUAUAUACGAUAACAGGAUAACGAAGAAUCGACUUGUUUCUUGUCGUUUUUUUUUUUUGAUAACUUGCUUUAACAUUCACGAUUUACGCAUAAUUAUAAUUAAAUAACAUUAAUCGAUAAUAUUGUAUAAGAUUAUUAUCAUACGAUAGUAAACAAACAAAUUUACAAUUGAUUACAAUUCACUUUUACAUCGUAACACAAUGUUGUCGCAAAAUUACGAAUAAAGAAGAUAAAUAAUGAACAAUCCAUCUAGACGCCGUCUAAUUAAUCCAAACAUGGCACGUAAUUAAGAAAUCAAUUUUUCGUAGUUUUUGUUUAUAAUAUUUCUUUAAAAUUAUUUAAAAAUCGCCAAGGCAGAAAGCGUGAAAGCAGAAAAUAUUUCGAUUUUAUAUUGCAUCGUGCUUAAAAUCAAAACUCUCUGUAUCAUAUUAUCAUAAAUCGUAAAUUAUCUUAAAUUACAUUGAAUUAAAUUACCGAUAAAUAUUAUAUCAACAAUAAAUAGGAUUAAGUUUAUUUUAUUUUUAUUUUUUUUAAAUAUUUGAUGUUUUGCUUGUUUUUAAAGAUUUCCUCAACGUUUUCUUUAAUA